AUGGCAGGUCUUUUUGAUUUGAAAGGUCAUUUAGCUUUCUAUAGAGCUUAUCAUUCCAAUGAAACCAAUGUAACUAUUCAUUUAAUUUGUAUUCCAAUAAUCUUAUCUUCAGCUAUUUUCAUCCUUUCAAAGUUUUCCCUCCCAAUAUCAAUUCCUUUACUUGAAGGUUAUGUUCCUCAUCAGUUCAUCAACUUUGGUACUUUAUUAUCAACAACUUAUGGAAUCUAUUAUAUCUUAUUAGACUGGCAAGUUGGAAUUCCUGCUGCUUUAUUCUAUGGUGGUGUGGGAUUGGUUUAUAAUCAAUUGUAUUAUUUCCAUGCACCUUCACUUUUAUCAUCCAUCACCAAAGAGGAAUUGUUUAGAUUCUCCUGGAUUACUCAUAUAGUCGCAUGGUUAGCUCAAUUUUAUGGCCAUGCUUUCCAUGAACAUCGUGCUCCUGCUUUAUUAGAUAAUUUAUUACAAGCUGUUGUUUUGGCUCCAUUUUUUGUAGCUUUUGAAGUUGCUUUUUGGUUAGGUUUCAAAUUGGAUACUCAAAAAUACAUGGAAGUUGAAGCUGCAAAACAAAGAAAAUUAUUUGAAACUAAAAAAUCUGCUUAG